AUCACCAUCACAGGUUAUGAUAUGCUCUUCAGUCUUGAACUCCAAUGGUGUCACACUCAAGGCCUCCAAGGGCAAAUAUCUGGCUAAAACAGGUGAUAAGGUCUCAUUCAACCAUGCUGCUAUCGACACGAGCUGUAUAUUCAAAGUGGAUUUCCAAGAUGAUGGGACUGUUACGCUGGCCAUUGGUGAUGAGCAUAUACUGGCGACACCAGAGGGCGAGUUAGAGCUCAGAGGCUCAGGAGAAGCUACAAGGUUUGUUCUUCGAGUACAGAUGAGAAAUACUGUUAGAGGCAAGCGUAUGAUUGAAGAGUUGAGUGGUAAGAAAGACGUUUCCAGCAUAGAAGAAGAAGCCAUAGUGAAUGAUGCUGUACAGUCGCUGAUGAAGUACAACGUUGAAUUGACCGAUGAACUGGUCAAAAGACUCGAGGAUGCACACAAGAGAGGCCGUCUCAACGAGCAGCUCAUCGAAGAGAGAACCAAGCUGAAGUCUGAUUCCAGGUGCUGAGUGUCUUCAGUUCAACUCGUAAUACUCCUGACCUUUGUAGAUGUCGAGAUCAGGGUCCUCCUCACCAAAGCGUGGAUACAGAGUCUCGUGGAUGAUGCGUUCUCCCCAUUUCGUCGUGAGCAUGGGAGUGAUACCGUCGCAUAUCAGUGAUAUCCCCAGAUGGCUCUGUUCACUCGGCAAGACAACGUCUGCGAACUCCUUUGUCGGAUGAAUGAACUCGUUGAACUCGGGCCUUGCGUGCUUCAAAUAGUUAUCCAAUAGCUCUGUCAACGAGUUACCGUUCUUCAACACAUCUGUAGUGAUCCACCUGUUGAGCCUUGUGUCGGCAUCACAGUCUACAAACACCUUCAUCGAUGCUCUCUGGCGCAGCUCUCUGUCGAACAAGGAGUAUAAGCCUGGUAUUAGGAUCAUUAGCUUAGUGUCUUCCUUCAGUGCCUCCUCCUCG